AUGCAUUGGUAUGUGGACCAGGGUGGUCUGAUUCAAGCUGAUCCAUCUAGAAGUGCUUAUAUAAGUACCUUGGGAGCAAUGCAUUGGAUCGCCUCAACGACGCGGACCAACACUCUUGUUGUGCUAACAUCGAAGUUCCGCAUUCCGGAAACAUCUGGUGAAAAUGUCUACUAUGUUCUAAAGAAGCUCGCAGCUGCAAUUGACAUCGACUUUAAUAGGGAAGAUGUGUCAAUCGCGCAUCGUCUACGACUCUUCUCGGAGAAACACACGUUCCCACCGAUAAUCGUACAAUUCGUCUCCAGAUCAAUUAAGGAAAAGUGGCUCUCAGCGGCUAGAAGAAGAAGGAAUCUGAACACAACUGACAUCUCUCCGAAUCUAACACCUAACAACGUUUACGUUAACGAACACCUGACUGCGCACAACAAAAGACUCCUGGGCCAGGCACGUGCGAUGCAGCGAGACGGGGCCAUUCACUUUGCCGGAUACUUUAACGGAAAGAUCCUAAUCAAGUUGGGGGAGAAGGAUGAAGCUGUCAGAAUCUGGUGCAAAGAAGACCUGGACAAGUACAAAAAGUGCAAAGAAGACCUGGAUAAGUACAAAAAGUGA